AAAAAUGUCUGCAUCUGCUUUAAAUGGGCAAACUACUGGUUCGCAUUUUGAUGUUGCCAGUAAUUUGAGAUUGAUGCCAAAAUUUAAUGAGAAUGAUGUAGACACCUUCUUCUGUCUGUUUGAACGUGUUGCUGAUUCCAGAUCUUGGCCUGAUGAGGAACGAACCUUAAUGUUGCAGUGUGUCUUUACAGGUAACGCUCAAGAAGCCUAUGCUGCGCUAUCUUCAGAGGACUGUAAAGAUUACAGUGUAGUAAAGUCAUCUGUUUUGAAGGCUUAUGAGUUGGUUCCUGAGGCCUAUCGUCAGCGCUUCAGGAACUGGCGAAAGACUGGUACACAAACACAUGUGGAGUUUGCACGGGAUUUGGUCACGCAUUUCAAUCGCUGGUGCUCUUCAUCUGGGGGGGAGGCUGAGGUUGGUGUUCGCCCUGAGUUGCCAGUGGAAGGUGUUGACAUCAUUCUGGGAAAUGACCUGGCAGGAAGUAGGGUAUGGUCAGACGAUGUAGAAUUUGAUAGUCUACAGCUACCCGAUGUGUCAAUCCCACCAAAUACCAUAGGGGUUGCAUCCUUGUCAUUUCCAGAAGUCCCUGAAACUGAGCAAGCAGCUUGUACUGUGGAAACAAAGGGAUUUAGUGAAUCAGAGCCAGCAGUUAUUUCAGUCUGUGCUGUGACUCGUUUAAUGACUGCUGCACUGACUGAUAGGAGAGAAAAAUGUGAUGUAAAGAAAUUUGCAUUGUCAUUGCCACCUGAUCUUUGUGUUUCUCGUUCAGAGCUGGUGAAAAGACAAAAAGCGGACCAAUCUUUGAAGGGUGUGUAUGAUCUGGUUUUGCCUACAAUGCAGGUAGGAAAGGUGAAGCAGGGAUAUUUCCUUUUGGACAAUGUCUUAGUUAGAAUGUGGGCUCCUCAUGGUGAGACAUUCAGUGGUGAUCCUAUUGUGCAAAUUGUGUUGCCUUUAAAAUUUAGGAACGCCAUAAUUCAGACAGCUCAUGAUAAUGUUGCGGGACAUAUGGGUGUAAAGAAAACGUAUGAUCGGGUGCUUAAGUAUUUUUUCUGGCCACUAAUGAAGCGUGAUGUUUCUGCAUAUGUAAAGACAUGCCAUACUUGUCAACUUACAGGCAAACCUAACCAAAAGAUCAAACCUGCUCCUUUGUGUCCUAUUCCUGCAGUGAGUCAACCUUUUGAGCACCUGAUUGUUGACUGUGUGGGUCCUCUUCCCAGGUCUAAGUCAGGUUGUUCUUAUUUGUUAACCGUAAUGUGUCAGUCAACUAGAUAUCCAGCUGCUUAUCCUCUACGUUCGAUCUCUGCAAAGUCUGUUGUUAAGGCCUUGACUCAGUUCAUAUCUGUGUUUGGCAUUCGCAAAAUAGUACAGAGAGAUCAGGGGUCAAACUUUACAUCUCGGCUGUUUGCGCAAAUCCUUGAACAACUUCACAUAAAACGCAACAAGGCUACAGCAUACCACCCUCAGAGCCAAUGUGCACUUGAGCGCUUUCACCAACAUUUGAAAUCUUUGCUGCGCGCUUACUGCACAGAGCUAAAAGCAGAUUGGGAGGAGGGUUUGCCAUGGCUCUUGUUGGCAGCGAGAGAGGUUGUCCAAGAGAGUACAGGAUUUAGUCCUAAUGAGCUUGGUUUUGCUCAUACUGUCCGUGGUCCCUUGUCUGUGGUGUAUGAUCAGUGGAAGUCGACUGAUCCUUCGCAGAAUUUGAUUACCUAUGUUAAUGGGUUUAGGCAGAGACUAUAUGAGACUUGGGGUGGGGGACGUAUUGGUAGGUGAUGGGACAGUAUAUGAAAUUUAAUUUUUUGAUUUUUCGUUGCAGGGUUGGAGGUGGGGUGUGGUUCUUGUGGAGGGGGAUGUGACGGCCUCAUGGCCUCUGACCUGGGUUGAUUGGUUGUCUGGGAUUUGGGGAGUGGCUCAUCAGGAGAGAUGGUUAGCACCUGGAUUUGUGUGGAUGCCUCUUUUAUAAAUAGAGCAUCUGGGCAUUUACUCUCUCUCUCCUGUUUGAGUUGCUGGGUUUGUUUUGAGCUUUGGUUAUUUAUAUUCUUGUUUCAUUUCACAUUUAUACACAUUCACACACACCCAUACAUUACAAACAUUACUGAUGAACUGACAUACAUAGUUAUUUUAGUUUAAUUCAAUAAAUGUAUGUUUUCUAGUUUAAAGUCAUGUGUGGUCUCCAUCUUUUGUCCUACCUCUGAGCCAGGUUGUGACAAUUUGUAUA